UGUGAUUAUAUAUUAUUGUUUUUAUUUUCACUUCUCUGCUUGGGAAAGAACAGAAGGAAAUUUAUUUAAUUCUUAGUAUUAUGAAUUUUAUUAAGAGAUUAAUGAGAUAUGGUCAUAUAUCUGUCUUAUAAAAAUAUCAAGUAAAUUAUUGUGAUACCAUAUUGAAAUUAAAAAUGAGCAGCUCUUUAACAUCUAGUAUUGAUGGGUCAUCAAUCUCCUUUGAAAAACAGCGCAGAAUUUUUAAGAUUAUAGUUAUAGGUGAUUCUAAUGUCGGAAAGACAUGUCUUACCUACAGAUUUUGUGGUGGGAAAUUUCCUAUGAGAACUGAAGCAACAAUUGGAGUCGACUUCCGAGAAAGACAAGUUGUUGUGGAUAAUGAACCUAUUAAGUUACAACUGUGGGAUACUGCUGGCCAGGAAAGAUUCCGCAAAAGUAUGAUUCCUCAUUACUACCGCAAUGUCCAUGCUGUUGUUUUUGUGUAUGACAUUACAAAGAUAGGAUCUUUUCAAAAUCUUUCACACUGGAUUGCUGAGUUUAAGCAGUAUCAAGGACAGUGUGAAGACAUUCCAAAAAUAUUGGUGGGAAACAAAUGUGACAUUAUUGAUGCUGUUGCUGUAAAUACUAAUAUGGCUCAGAAAUUUGCUGAUGACCAUGACAUGCCUUUAUUUGAAACGUCUGCUACUGAUGAUCGAGAAGCAGAACAUGUGGAUGCAAUUUUUAUGACCCUUGCUCAUAAACUGAAAAGUCGCAGGCCAAUGAUGACCUCAUCAUCAUUGCCGAGAAGUUCGAGUAAUAUCGUUGCUAGCAGGCCUGCAAGUUCUUCGGUCGACAAAGAAAAAGAGAGUAGUUGUUGCUAAUGAUCCAUUAAACUGUAUCAAUUUAAUUUAGAGUGCUAUUAUUCUAGUUUGUCAUAUAUUUGAGCUGUAAAAAAAGAUGGUUACUGUUUUGUUUUUUCUUCCCCUUGAAGGAUCUGAUAUAUUUUAAAUGAAAUUUUGUCAAAAGCGGCAGUAAAUUCUUAUUUUUUAGAAACCAUUUAUGUUUGAAAAGAUACAUAAUUAUAACUGAAUCAAAUUUGGUUAUGAAUUGUGCCAAUAUUUAUAAAAAACUCAAGAUAAUCCAAUAAUUUCCCUUAAGUAAAUUAUGGUAAAUACAAGCAAAAUUAUUGACAAAAAUCUAAGUUUUGUUUUUUCUGCAUUUUAAUAUAUAUAUUAAAAUCUAUGUAGUAUAAAAAAAAAUUAAUUUUUUUAUUUGGUGUAAACUUCCCCCCCCCCUUAAUUACUGUUCUAAAAUAAUUAUUUUUUUUGACAGAAAAGAUUACUCAUUGAAAAAACUUAAUGAUACUCUUUCACAAGGAUCCAGUCAUAAAUAAAGCUGUAGAUCGUUCUAACAAAAUCUUUGUCUUUCAUAAAUACUUUCAGAUUAUUAUUAAUCUUGUUAUACUUAUUGUAUAUAUUUUAUUAACUUAAAAUUUUUGAAAAUUGUUCAAUUUUCCAGCAAGUUUAUGACUUAAUAAAAUAACUUUUAUGCUUUGGUAUAUGUUGUAUGUAUAUAAUGCCCUUUUUCAAUAUUCUUUUCCUAUAUUACCCAAUUAUGUAUUGUGCUAUCUGCAAAAUUAAUUGAUGGACAGGCUAAUGUAGUGUAAAAAGAUUAUUAUUUUAUAUUAUCUAGUUUAUCGUACAUAAAUCAGAACUUUUGAAAAACACUAUUUUUGCUUAUUUUUUGGCAUGAAGAUAUUUUUUGAAUCUUAGUUUUAAAAAAAAAUGAUGAUAAAGGAUUUGAUAUAAUAUAUUAUCAGUUUUGUGAAGUUCUUUGCCAGUCAACAAAAUCAGUAUUACUAUUAAUCAGUAAGCUACCAAGAGGACAUCUACCUUUUAGUUUAUGCUUAAACCAAACACAACUAUUACAUAACAGUUUCCUAUUUUUUUAAUUGCAAAUUCGGGUUUUUCAUACAAUUUAGUUCCUAAUCUAAUUAAUUGUCACUUUAAACAAAAUUAAAAAGCUGAAGAUUUGUUUUACCCUCUCAAUCAUCCAUGAAUUUAUGGACAAUCAAUAAAUUAAUGAAUUCAUGAUUUUAAAUACAAGUAUUUGGUUUCUUUAUAAUAAUUUCAAUGAUUAAAAUUUAUUGCCUGUUAGUAUAAUAUUU